AUGAAGUUCGCUGUUGCUACUGCUCUCCUUGCCGGCUCCGCGCUCGCGGCUCCUUCCUCGCGCGCGCGCUUCGCUCAGCGCCUUGAGCGUCGUGCUUUGGCUCGCGGCUCGCAGCCCAAGAUCCCGUCCGCUGGUCUUGCCGCGCUUUCAACGAACGAGACCCAGGUCGAGUACUCGUCCAACUGGGCGGGUGCGGUCAUCAGCAAGACCACGGCAACCUGGACUGCUGUUACCGGAACGUUCACCGUCCCGACGCCCAAGGCUCCCUCUGGCAGCAGCACUGCGUACGCCUCUGCUUGGGUCGGUAUUGACGGUGACACCUGCGGCAAUGCCAUCCUCCAGACUGGUGUUGAUUUCAAUGUCGAGUCCGGCGCUGUCUCGUACGAUGCUUGGUACGAGUGGUACCCCGAUUACGCCUACGACUUCUCGGGCAUCAGCUUCUCGGCUGGUGACUCCGUCACGACCACCGUCACGGCGACUUCCAAGACGGGCGGCACUGCCGUGAUCAAGAACAACUCGAAGGGUACUUCCGUCACGCACACCUUCUCCGGCCAGCCCUCUCUCUGCGAGUACGACGCCGAGUGGAUCGUUGAGGAUUUCGAGUCGAACGGUGGCCUCGUUCCCUUCGCCAACUUUGGCACCGUCACCUUCACUGGCGCGUCGGCCACCUCGUCUUCCGGCUCUACCGGCCCGUCCGGCGCCACCAUCAUCGACAUCGAGCAGAGCAACAAGGUCCUCACUUCCUGCUCGGCUUCGUCGUCGUCGGUCACCUGCUCCUACACUUCUUAA